GUCACCUCUCCGCCCGCCGAUGAUGGCCGCCGCCGUCGCUCGUCGCGGCGUGGCCGCGUUGCUGCUGGGCCGCCGCCCGUGGCCGCUGCCGCCCUGCCUGCGCCCGCCGUGCGCCCGCCGCCGCCUCCUCAGCGCCGCCGCCUCCCUCGGGCCGGGAGCGCCGCAAGCCGCGGCCCCGCUCUUCGCCGCCGCGCGCCGCUACAGCCAGGUUAUCGACUCGCCGACACAGGAAGGGCAGCUCGCGGAGCAGGACCCGGAGCCUCCCAAGGAAGAGAAUGAGGACUCCGUGUUUCUGAUCAGGGCGCAUGGCUUCCCCUUCGCGUGCACCAAGAAGGAGAUGAUGGCCUUCUUUGAUAGCUGUAAGAUUCGGAACGGUGAGAAUGGCAUACACUUCCUCCUAAACAGGGAUGGGAGGCGCAGGGGAGACGCCCUGAUCGAGCUCGAGUCAAAAGCAGAUGUCCAGAAAGCAUUGGAAAAGAACUUGAGAUACAUGGGCACGCGCUACGUGAAAGUUCACGAGAUACACGAUAAAGAUGUAGAUGGCUUACUGCAGAGCCUGCGGUAUGAGUCGGAAGUCAUGAGCGAUGGAGUCGUACUACUCAGAGGCCUUCCGUUCGACUCCACAGAGGAUGACAUUGCAGAUUUUUUUGCAGGUUUGAGGAUAACUGACAUGACCUUUGUUUAUCGGGGAGAAAGAAAAACGGGAGAAGCUUAUGUACAGUUUGCAGCUCCGGAAAUGGUAGCUAAAGCCCUACUAAGGCAUAAGGAGUACAUGGAGAAUAGAUAUAUAGAAGUAUACAUAAGUACAAAGCGUGAAAUGCAGAGGCAUUUGUCUCUUCGCAAGGAGAUGAUAAGACUGAGAAGAGAGCUUGGAUCCACUGCAGAAGAAAGGGAGUUGGAUUACACCAGAGGCUCCAGCGCCGAAAGAGAGAAGGAAGUGGCUAGCGAAGCAGCAGAAAGCUCUGGGCUUUCUUCACAAUCUGGGAGCAUCUUAUCAUCACUACGCACCGUCCACGUGAGGGGUUUUCCUCCCCAGGUUAGCGCCCAAGACAUAGUAGAUUUUUUUGCUCCUCUGAAGCCCACAAGGAUCCUAAUAGAAUACAACUCUGAUGGAGUUGCCACAGGAGAAGCUGACGUGCAUUUUGAGAGCUACGACGAUGCAGUCGCUGCAAUGGCUAAGGAGAGGGCACAGCUGCAGUUUGGUACUGUUGAAGUAUUCCUGAAGGAACGUCCAAAGGCUGCAGGACACCGCUAGUGACAGUGGCAAGAUCUCAGAUUUGGUCAAAGCGAACGCAUUCCUGGGGUACAAAGAAAGAUGGAGUAUGAGAGUUGCUGCUCAAUUACAAGGAUAAGCUGUAUAAAAUGCCAUUUGGAUUUAUGUAACAGCAUGUAAUAAAGCGUGUUGAUAUGCCAUAGAAAGAUUGUCUGUCACAGAGGUAGAAAAAGCUGUAAUGGAGGAAUAGCUAAUGCUGCGGGACAAAGCAGUUCUUAAGCUGCACAGUGGUAACAAAGUAUUAACAAAACACCAGUGUAGACAAUUAACAACAGACAAGUGAUCUAAGAUCCCAAUACAGAGAAGGCAGUAGGCAUAGCUUAUUCCCUGUCCUUCCUGCCACUUAUCUUUAAUUUAUUUGUUGGCAUCUGCUCCUAGAUUUGAAAUACUUUCAGAGCCAUAGCCAAAGCAGAAGAGAAAGACCACUCAGGAUGCAGGAUCCAGAGGAGAACAUCUUUAUUAUUGCAUGUAGAACAAAAUUAAUAUCAGAAAAACUGCUUUCUGCUCCUCCCAGUCCAAAUGUCCAGGUGUAAACCCAAAAAUCCAGCAUUACCACCAGUACAUGUGCAAAUGUGCCUUGAACAUUUGCAGCAUCAUAAAGCAUAACCAGUACUUAAAAGCAGAGCCCUUCACUGAGUCAAAGAAAUCAGGAAGGAGUUGUGUGUGAACACAGACAGCUGACAUCAUCUCCUUACACCUUUCCAAAUGCCAGUUUUAAUUACAGCAACCAGAGCCCUAUUUUGAAGGAUUUUCAGCUGCCUCUGUAAAGGGCUGUUCGCAUACUAUAACUGUAAAGGACCUGCUCAAGAACUGUCCUGUUUACUACAUAAAGAAAGAUCAUCUCAGCCUUCACUUCAAGCAAGAAUUGCAGCAGCCACUCCUGCUGGACAGUGGAAAGCUAUGUAGAGGUCACAGAUAAACUGUCACUUCAGAGCUGUGAAAUUGCUCGGAUGUACCAGCAUUAAAAGUUACUUCACAGUAA